ACUAUGAGUACACGGUUUACUGUCAGUACUUACAGGAAGAGAGAGAUAACAAGAAAGUAAGCCUAGUCUUUGAUCAUCUAUUAUUAACUUCCCUUCCAUUUACAUAGAAAAAUCCAAUUAGAGUGUACAAAGGUAGGCUUAUGCCGAGGUUUGAUAAUAGAGUUUUUCAGUAAACAAUAUAAUACUAUGCUGUACAGUGCAGUGCGAGCUGACUUCUUUUGGAUCUAAGAACAAUCAAGGAAAAAACUUCAAACUUGUCGAUUUUACAUCGGAAAACGAACAUGGAACUGAUUUGCAGAUAUGUUUGGCUGAUUGUGGUAGUCAGUUUCAUGAAAGUGAAUAACUUUGAUUGCUCAGCAGUAACAGACUUUCCUCAGCUGGAUAACGUCAAUUCAAAGUACGUUUGCCAAAAUGACUCCAUUAGCCUAAGUUGUCCUAGUCCCAGUCUCCUGGAGAUCCAAGCAGCGUCAUUUGGCCGUGCUAUGGAUGUCAUAUGUGCUAGUGGUGCRAAUGCUGACAGAUCAUGUUACAUAUUACAUACAAAAGACAUAGUAAAGCAGAUGUGCGAUUAUAAGCCAGAGUGUAAAUUUGUGGCUAAUGCUGAAAACUUUGGUAAUGACUGCCCUGACGUGGACAAGUACCUAAAUGUUAUCUAUGCUUGCGUGAGUAAUCCUGAUGUGGAGUAUUUCAAAACCAAAGCUACAACAAUAGAGUCAUCCUCUACACUGCCAACUCAGCCUCUGACCUUCAAAGCUACAACGAUAGAGUCAUCCUCUACAAUGCUAACCCAACCUCUGGCCGUUAGUCCUACAACUAUAGAGUCAUUAUCUGCACGGUUAACUCAAUCUCUGGUCYUCAAUAUAACUACUCUUCAAAGCAACGUUACCCUGGCUCCAAACAUUUCAAUGAAUAACAUUACAUCUUCAAUUAUCCAACCUUGGACCACAUCCAAAAAACCAAAAARAAUACCAAAGGCUCCCAAAACCAAAGUUCGUAAAUUCAAUCCUGAUGGACCUCCACUGGAUUUCCUUGCCAAAGCAGGACAAAAAUCGAUAUUUCAGGUAAAAAUACAUACUCAAGUGAUUAUCUUGAGUGCACUUGGAACUCUGACGUCACUCUUCCACUAGUUAUCGUACACCGAGCUGUAUAAGUGAAGCAACACAACAUCUAUCAGGUGUAUGUCAGUUAAUCAAGAAAGAAUAUGAUAUUCGUCUUAGCUUGUUACUAAUAGACUGAACGUGAUCGAAAGGACUGAAUGAAAACCCAACUAUACAAAACCUUAUGAAUACCAGUAAGACGACAGGGUUACGAACCUGAAAAAUAUAUUGAAUACCUUAUCGUCCAAAAGGCUAGUUUUGAGUUCCAAAUUACCGCUGGGUUCCUUGAUUGCAGACUAAUUCAUUCAGGGUUAGCCUCGAAUCAGUGACUAAAUAUUUUAAACUAAUUAAAAUUUUGAGACGACAAUACCACGAAAUAUUGACGGCUAUAUUACGUGGUAUUGUCGUUUCAAAAUCGUAAAUAGUUUUAUAUUGCGAUUCUAAAGAAUUUAAAACACAAAAAAGGAAAAAAACUGACCAAUUUUCUUUGAUUAAAGGCGAAAUUCUCCUUAUGAGCGCGCGCUAUGGCGCAUGCAACUAGCGUAAAAAUUUGACGCGCGCAACACCAGAGAAAAACGUUUGCGUGCACUUCAGCACUUUUUCUAAGAAUU